CCGUGGGUGAGGAGAGUGCCCAGGAGCAGACAAGGUGUCAGUGCUGGCGUCUGAGGAGAGCCGGCUGAAGAGGGGCAGGGGGGUGGGGGAAAAGCGAUGAUGAUGGCUGCGAAGAAGGGCCCGGGCCCUGGCGGCGGCGACGGUGCCGGGAAAGCGGAGGCGGAGGCGGCUUCGGAGGUGUGGUGUCGCCGGGUGCGGGAGCUGGGUGGCAGCAGCCAGGCCGGAAACCGCCACUGUUUCGAGUGUGCCCAGCGCGGGGUCACAUACGUGGAUAUCACCGUGGGCAGCUUUGUCUGCACCUCCUGCUCUGGUCUCCUGAGAGGCCUGAAUCCCCCUCACCGUGUCAAAUCCAUCUCCAUGACAACCUUUACUGAGCCUGAAGUGAUGUUCCUCCAAUCUCGUGGAAAUGAGGUUUGCAGGAAGAUCUGGCUGGGUCUCUUUGAUGCGCAAACCUCCUUAGUCCCAGACUCUAGGGACCCUCAAAAGGUGAAGGAGUUUCUUCAGGAGAAAUAUGAGAAGAAGCGAUGGUAUGUCCCCCCAGACCAAGUCAAGGGGCCAUCCUACACCAAAAGCAGCACCUCUACCCCUACCCAAGAUUCCACUGCAGAUGUAAAGCCCCCGAGGACACUUCUUGGGGACCCUGUGCCCUCUGUUGCCAUCUCCAGCACUAGCCAGUCUGUCCCUCAGGCUCGGCUCUCCCAACACCCAUGCUCUCAACCACCCUCCCUCCCUCCAGUCAAGAAAGCUAGCACUGACCUUCUGGCUGACAUUGGUGGAGACCCUUUUGCUGCUCCCCAGCCGGCAUCGAACUUUGCUGUCUUUGGGGGCCAGGGGACUUCCCAUGGAGGCUUUGCCAACUUUGAUGCCUUUGGGAGCAGCCCUUUCUCCUCUGCAAUUGGAUGUGUCCCUCCAGCUGGCCAGGCUUUGUUCCAGACCCAGCCAACACCCAUAGGCAGCAGCCCGGUGACCCCAUUUGGUGCCUCUCCUCUUGCUCCUGCCAGCCAGCCAAGUGCCCUUUCAGAUAUGAGCAAUGUCUUGGGAACUGGAAUGUCAGCUGGUGGUGUUCCUAGCAGAGCCUUUGGGACUGUUGGCCCUGUCUCUGGACUCCAUACUGUUGCUUCUGGCAGUAACAGCAGCAGCAGCACUGGCCUUGGGUUUGGGGCUUUCACCAACCCUUUCAUCACACCGGCUCCUCACCCACAGUUGCCUUCCACCAACCCGUUCCAAUCCAAUGGCCUGGCCUCCGGGCUUGGUUUGGGGAUGAACACUGUGGUUCCUAGCUUCUCUUCUGCACCGACCCCUGGUGGCUUCCCAGGAACUUUCUCUCCCAGUCUCUUCCCUCCACAAACCUUGCUGGUUCAGCAGCAGAAUGGCUCUGGCUUUGUGGGAUUAGGAGCAGCCAAACUGGGGCAAAGGCCUGUGAACCAUCCUGCAGGGAUCUCUACCAACCCCUUCAUGACUGGAUCCUCAUCAAGCCCAUUUGCCUCCAAACCUCCUCCUACUAAUCCCUUCUUGUAGCACUGUGCCCAGGAGGACAAUAUCCUUCCUGCUUCCUCUGCCUCCAAGUAUCCCUCUGUUCCCUAGAUCCCUGGUGGCCACCUUUGUUUUUUGGCAUUACAGUGGUCUCAGCCCAAGAGGGGGAAUGACUUGCCUUGGCUUUGGGUGGUGGGAAUCAUGGGGAUAAUGAAAGUGCUAAUGCUUUGCUCUGGGCUUGCAGAUAAAACACCAGCCCUUAGGCCAGUAGCCCCCUCCCAGAGCAGUGAGAACAAUGGGAGAGGUUAUUAGAGGUGGCUGGUCCAGGUGUGUUUUAUUAUUCUAAAAAUUUUCCUUCUCUUAUC